UAAUUGCAAGAUUGAUUUUACAUGCCGUCUCGUUUGAGGAGCAUCUUUCUACAAAAGUGGAGAUGAAUCUAUAGGUUAUGAUCGUGAACUGAAUCUAUUGAUCGUGGUGCUUGUCCAGUGAGAACGAAACCUUACAGACCAAACAAACCAUGGAAACUCCACGCCCCGAAGCCGUCGCGCUCAUCUCCGGCGGGAAAGACAGUCUCCUAGCACUUUACCACGCAAUCGCGAACGGCUACAACGUCGUCGCUCUGGCAAACCUGCACCCACCAAUCACUACCACCUCCAAUGUCCCCACAUCUUGCUCCACCGAUGCCACUGGCACAAGCAUCUAUGAGCCGUCCACGACCUCCUCCCUCGGCCCUGCCGCCCUGAAGAGCGAUGAGCUCGACUCCUACAUGUACCAAACAAUCGGACACACGCUGCUCCCGCUCUAUGCGCAAUGCCUCGGUCUUCCGCUGUACCGCCGGGAAAUCGCCGGUGGCACCGUGAACACACAGCUAGACUACGGCUUCUCUAAGGGGAGUGGGGAUGAAACAGAGGAUCUCACGCUACUCCUAUCCUCCGUUCGUGCGCGGCAUCCGAACGUUAUCGCCGUGACGUCCGGCGCGAUAUUGAGCACCUACCAGCGUACGCGCAUCGAGAGCGUGUGUGCGCGGCUUGGGCUCACCAGUCUGGCGUAUCUGUGGAGGAUGGAGCAGGAGGAGGUGUUGGCGCAAUUGGCGACGUUAGGAUUCGACGCCAAGAUUGUCAAGGUCGCUGCGUUGGGACUGGAUGACGCCUGGCUGUGGAGGAAUGUCGCGGAUCCGGAGGUGGUAGCAAGGUUAGGCGCGUUGAAAAGUAGGUGGGGAAUCAAUCCGGCUGGUGAAGGAGGCGAGUAUGAAACGCUCGUUGUGAGUGCGCCCGGCUGGACGGGAAGGAUUGUCGUGCCCGAGGAGGCGAGAGUGGUUAAUUCUGAGGGUGGGGGUGCGGCCUGGGUUGGAUUCUCGGAGGCGAGCGUCCAGCCAGUGGAGGGUGGUGAGCGGCGACAGGAGGAGUGGGCGGAGGCAUUGCAGCAGCCGUCGAUCCUCGACCCCGAGUUUGAAUCGCUACUGGAGACACUGCCCACACCUUCAGUGCCCAUUGUACCUCCGCAGACUUUUCAGGAGACCUCCGACGACACCCCGCUGCUCCCCAUCACAACAACCACGGCAACCAUUCUCCACAUCGCCAACCUCGUCUCCCCAUCCGCAAAUACCUCCCUCAUCGAUGAGCUUCACGAAGUCUUCACCACCCUUACCUCCCUAAUCGCUCCUCAUCCCCUCACUGCCAUAACAUCUAUCACCCUUCUCCUCCGCCACAUGUCCGACUUCGCCACAAUAAACAGCGCCUACACCACUUACUUCCCGCUCCCUCUUCCACCCAGCCGCGUCUGCAUUUCUGUACCUGGGCUGCCAGCCUCGCGCAACAUAAUGCUCUCCGCGACGCUCUCCCUCUCCCCCUCACCUCGCAAGGGGCUGCACGUCCAAAGCCGCUCCUACUGGGCCCCCGCCAACAUCGGCCCCUACAGCCAAGCUGUGCUUUCCUCCGGGUGGUGGGAAGUAGCCGGGCAGAUCCCACUGGUGCCUGCGGAGAUGUCGCUCCAUCCCGCCAGCGAUGUGCGCGGGCAAUGCGUCCUCGCGCUGCAGCAUUUACACAAGAUUUGGGAUGCCGUUGGCGCGGCAGAGACGCUCGCUGCUAUCGCAUGGGUGGUGGAUGAGGCUACGCUUCCGACUGUCGCAGCGGCGUGGAAAGCUCACUGCCCUGCGAGGCCGCUGAUGGUACUGCAGGCUACGGAGCUACCGAGGGGUGCAGCAGUGGAGUGGGUUGGUUUUGCUUCUGCUGCCGAGGAGGAAGAUGAAGACGGUACAGUGAAGAGGGAGGUGGAGAUGGUAUUUGCCGAUGCGGAAACUGUGGGGGAAUCGGUGAGGAAGCUGGCAUUGCAGGUGGGUGGGGGUGGGAAUGAUGUCGUUACGGUGUAUUUACCCGUUGCGACGGGGAGCGUGCAGGCUUUCUUGGGGGCUUGGAGUGGAAGGGGUGGACAAGUGGGUGUGGUGCCUGUGGCUGCUGUGUGGGAUGCGGCGGGGAUGCGGAGGGGGGUGGGGUGCGUUAUACGGCGGGGUUAGACCUUUCCCGGGUGGGAGAUAUUAUACCCCUGAGAAGUGUGGCUAAGGAAGGACCCUAUGUC